UCCAGUACUCCCCUCGAAAUCUAUGCACCAGUCCACUCGAGCUUUCCUUUUCAACUCUGUGCGGAGCCGAAAGUACUUGGAAAUACACCACUCCUUUUACUUCAUUAUCUAUUUUGGCAUUUGCGUCCUCCAACCAUGUUCCAUACUUGGACUAGAAAUUUGCCUAGUGGAGAAGAUCAAGAUCAAGAUCAAGAUCAAGAGCUAUGGGAGCAAGCUUAUCUGUGCUAGCUUCAAUAGCGAUUAUUCGUAGUUCAUUCAAUGAGUUCGUUCCUCAAGAACUCCGCAGUUACUUGUGGGAAUUCAGUCGCCGUUUCUCGUCGGAGCUUACUGUAGUUGUUAAAGAAUCACAUGAAGGAUCAACAAACCAUCUCUUCAAUGCUUUAGUUACAUAUCUUGGAAGUAAUGCUUUUUGUACUUCCUCUGCUUCUGGUCCUCGACGUCUCACUGUCGGGAAGAACGAGAGCAUGAAGAUUUUAACUUAUGGUCUAGACAGAAACUCAGAGAUCGUUGAUGUGUUUCAUGGUGUUCCCAUGAAGUGGGGAUACUAUACUGAUUUCAACUCCACGCUUCACUAUGAGUUGAGAUGGUAUGAGCUUCGGUUUCACAAGCGAUACACUGAUAUGGUCAAGAAUAAGUAUCUGCCUUACAUUCUUGAAAUGGCUAAGAGAAUUAAGGAUCAAAAUAGGGUGGUGAAGUUUUUCACUACUCGUGGAGGGAGAGAUGGCUGGAGCUCUAAAGGGAUCAACCUGGAUCAUCCCAUGACAUUUGAAACACUAGCCAUGGACGGAGACCUCAAGCAGAAGGUGGUUGAAGAUCUUAAUACCUUCAUUCGAGGCAAGGAGUAUUAUAAGAAGAUUGGUAAGGUAUGGAAGCGAGGUUACUUAUUGUAUGGUCCUCCAGGAACUGGGAAAUCAAGCUUGAUAGCUGCCAUGGCCAAUUUUCUUAACUUUGAUAUUUACAACUUGAAUUUAUCUGCUGUUAACUCUGAUUCUUCUCUUGAGCAUUUGUUGCUUCAUAUGUCCAAUCGUUCAAUUCUUGUGCUGGAGGAUAUCGACUGCUCCAUCAUGCUACAAAACCGUCAAGCAGGAGAUCAUCAACCAGAUCAUAAUAAUCAAAUUCCUCGGCCUCAGGUAACGCUCUCUGGCCUUCUGAAUGCCAUUGAUGGCCUACUUUCUUGCUGUGGAGAUGAAAGGGUCAUAGUUUUCACUACCAACUACAAAGAUCGCAUUGAUCCGGCCUUGCUGAGAGCAGGUCGUAUGGAUAUGCACAUAUACCUAUCCUACUGCACAUUCUCCACCUUCAAGCAGCUAGCAGCCAAUUACUUGGAUAUAUGGGAGCAUGAUCUCUUUAAUUGUGUUGAUAAGCUCAUUAAAGAAGUUCAAGUUAGCCCUGCUGAUGUCGCAGGCGAACUGAUGAAGACUAAAGAUCCUACAACUUCUCUAAAAGGGCUCAUUAAAUUUUUGGAAAUCAAGAAAUCAGAAUCAAAAUCCGCAUCUUCUCCAUUGGGAUUGGAAGGACAUGAGAAUAACUCAGAGCUUGACAGUAACAGCCUUAGCCAGAUGGACGAGCACCAACUUCAGAAGUCCUGUAAGAUCACUGAUUCUGGUGAUAACACCUUCCAAGACAAAAAGGAUGUUAAAUCUCAUGCAGCUCAGUCUACUCCAUUGAAGGAAAAAGAGUAUACAGUGAAGGAGGAAUUUGAGCCUAUCCUAGAAGCUAUUCUCUCAAAGCAUGGAGACAUUGCUGCCAAUUGCUCCUUCCACUCUCUCCAAUGCCGUUCAUCCUUCUUGGAAAUUGUCUGUGGCAUCGUGCAAACAUUACAAACAACAGAGAUAAAAGAUCUAUCAGAAUUUCAAAUCAAGUCCAUGUUGAGCAGCAUACGCGAUCUAGAAUCUGCGCAACUGGACGUUGGGUGGGUUCAUCAGAGGUUGGAAAAGAUUAUCCAGGCUAUGCCACUAGCUGAACAAUGUGCCACACUGAAGGAAGUCAAGAGUGACAAUAUGCAAGGCAUAGUGGAGGACAGAAAACCUAAAGCCUGCAAUGCAGGGACAUUAAUGCCAAAUUGAAUUUCCUUUUCUUUUUUUUAUUUUUUCCACGACCCAUUGGUUGAUGGGCUGCCUUGCUUUGACUCGACGCCUUCUCAUUCUUCUGGGUAGGCUGGGAUUACCUUUUCUCUCGGUCCAUUUAAUAAAGAUUGCCCAUCACAAAAGGACCCAUGGAAACAUGUAUACUGGAUUUGGCUGUUAGCCUUUUCAAGAGUAAUGGGGCCAUUUGGUACUCAAAAGAAAAUGCGCAAGUAACUGCAACUGGAUUCUUGAAUA